AUGGCCGGCAAGGCUCCAGAGCUGGUCCGCUGCCCCAAAUGCAAUGUGGCAGGCAGCAAGGAGAGGAUGGCUGCAGAGGGAAAUCACCACAAGAGAUCUUGCCCGCUCUUCCGACCCUACGUGCUCGUGAACUGCAAGCUCUGCGGGGUGGCUGGAGGGCCUGCGUGGAUAAUGACAAGCGGUAGACACCAUGCUUGGUCCUGUCCACGGUAUUCCUACAGCGACGCCGGAGAAUGCAAGUUCUGCGGCUUUGUGGGGGAGGUGUCCCUCGUUACCUCCAAGGGACCACAUCAUGCACGACUCUGCCAGAGGUUCAGCCCAGGUGCAGCCGAUUCGCCAAAGGUGGUAGUGUGCAAGUACUGUGGAUUGCGGGGUUCUCCCUCGAUGGUCACUGGAAUCGGUGAGCAGCACUUGACGGGGUGCCCUCGAAGCACAACUAAGCGAGCAGAAAGUAUCACCAAGCCGAAAGAAAACGAAGGCACAUUGUCGAGCUGGUUUGCCUGUUUGGCUUGCUGCAAUGUGGAGCCUUCAGCCGGCCAGUACGAUGAAAUUGUCGUCAAGAACAAUGGUCCCGACGACAUCAAGAAAGCCAAUGACGUCGGCGAAGCAGACACAAACGUGGAAGAGAUCCCUGAGGAGGCGCCUUUGGACAUGGAGCACACGGAGCCGACCGUUUGA